AUGGGCCCUGAGCCAAUUGCAGUAAUUGGUAUGGGUUGCCGCUUUUCUGGACAAGCCUCUUCUAUAGAUGGCUUUUGGGAUAUGCUACUACGAGGACGGACAGGCCACUGCAAGGUCCCUUCGAGCCGAUAUGAGCCAUCGGGCUGGCACCAUCCGAGCCACGAUCGUAAAGGGGCAGUAUGUCAAUACAACGACAAGUAUAUUCGGCGUUGA